AUGGAAACAGUCACCGCUCUUCUGUCCUGGGCCCUCAUCCUUGCUGGGACUCCCAGUCAGUGCCACUUCUUGCAGAAUCCCGUCCUGCGGCAGGCGCCGGGGCGGGCGGGCGACGGAGUCCCGGGACCCGUUGUGCCGGGUCACAGCUUCCGGAAGGUGACGCUCACCAAGCCCACGUUCUGCCAUUUCUGCUCCGACUUCAUCUGGGGGCUUGCCGGCUUCCUAUGCGACGUCUGCAACUUUAUGUCCCAUGAGAAGUGCCUGCGGCAUGUGAAGACUCCAUGUGCCGGUGUGGCACCCAGCCUGGUUCGGGUCCCAGUAGCCCACUGCUUUGGUCCCCGGGGACUGUACAAGCGAAAAUUUUGUGCUGUCUGCCGCAAGAGCCUGGAGGCACCUGCAUUCCGCUGCGAAGUGUGUGAGCUGCACAUUCACGCCGACUGUGUGCCCUUCGCCUGUAGUGACUGCCGCCAGUGCCACCAGGAUGGACACCAUGAUCACGACACCUACCACCACCACUGGCGGGAGGGGAACCUGCCCUUGGGGGCGCGCUGUGAGAUCUGCAGGAAGACCUGCGGCUCUGCAGACGUGCUGGCCGGUGUGCGCUGUGAGUGGUGUGGCGUCCAGGCCCACGCGCUGUGCUCUGCGGUGCUGGCUCCCGAGUGUACCUUUGGGCGGCUGCGCUCCAUGGUUCUGCCCCCUGGGUGUGUGCGCCUGGUGUCCCGCAAUCUCAGCAAGAUGCAUUGCUUCCGUAUUGCCGAGACUGCUGCCCCAGAGCUGGGUGAUGGGGCAGACGGCGCCGCUGGAAGCACUGCCUUGGGCCCUGGCAGGGAUGCACCGGCAGCCCCUGAGUCCAGCAAACAGACCUUGAAGAUCUUUGAUGGCAAUGACACCAUGAGGAGAAACCAUUUUCGUCUGGUCACUGUGCCUCGCCUGGCUAGAAGUGAGGAGGUGCUGGAGGCAGCACUUCGGGCUUACUAUGUCAGUGAGGACCCUGAGGACUUUGAGCUUCAGGAGCUGACCCUGCCCUCACUGGCUAGUGAUGCCCAGGCCCCAGGAAAGGCUGGGAAUGGUGGCUUGGCUGAGGAGGACAGCAACAGGGGCUCUGGGGCCCAUGAGCCUGAAGCCUGGGUCAUCCGUGCACGGACCCGCACCCAGGAAGUCCUGAAGAUCUAUCCUGGCUGGCUCAAGGUAGGCGUGGCAUAUGUGUCCAUCCGGGUGACUUCCCAGAGCACAGUGCGCACUGUGGUGCUAGAGGUCCUCCCAUUGCUUGGACGCCAGGCCGAAGGUCCUGAGAGCUUCAAGCUGGUAGAGGUGCUUAUGGGCAGCAGGCAAGUCCAGAGGAAUGUGCUUGCUGAUGACGAGUCCCUGCUCCGACGACUUUGGGACAUCCGGCAGACAUCCCUGCGGCAGGCCAGCCAGACGCGGUUCUAUGUGACUGAGAACAGGACUGUGAACCCCCGUAUCUCCCUGUUUGUGGGUGGCCUGCCACCUGGCCUGUGCCCUCAAGAGUAUGACAGCCUGCUACAGGAGGCCAUGGCCACCAAAGCUGCCGCCGUGUCCAUGAGCCACGUCUACCCCCAAGGUGCAGUGGUGCUGGAUGUCACCUGCUUUGCUGAGGCCGAGCGGCUGUACAUGCUGGGGAGGGACACGGCUGUGCAUGGCCAGCCACUGACCACGCUGGUGCUCCCAGAUGUGCUGCACACAAAGCUGCCUGCAGACUGCUGCCCCAUCCUUGUGUUUGUGAACCCCAAGAGUGGGGGCCUCAAGGGCCGAGACCUGCUCUGCAGUUUCCGGAAGCUGCUGAACCCUCACCAGGUCUUCGAUUUGACCAAUGGGGGACCACUUCCUGGGUUCCACCUCUUCUCCCAGGUGCCCUGCUUCCGGGUGCUCGUAUGUGGCGGUGAUGGCACUGUGGGCUGGGUUCUCACUGCCCUGGAGGAGACACGGCACCAUCUGGCCUGCCAGGAGCCAUCUGUUGCUAUUCUGCCUCUGGGCACAGGAAACGACCUUGGCCGGGUCCUCCGCUGGGGUGCAGGUUACAGUGGAGAGGACCCAUUUUCUAUGCUGGUGUCAGUGGAUGAGGCAGAUGCUGUGCUUAUGGACCGCUGGACCAUCCUGCUGGAUGCUCACAAGGCUGCUGGUACAGAGAACAGUGUGGUGGAUGCAGAGCCCCCCAAGAUUGUACAGAUGAGCAACUACUGUGGUAUUGGCAUUGAUGCCGAGCUCAGCCUGGAUUUCCACCAGGCACGGGAGGAGGAGCCUGGAAAAUUCACCAGCAGAUUCCACAACAAGGGUGUGUAUGUACGUGUCGGGCUGCAGAAGAUAAGCCACUCACGUGGCUUACACAAGGAGAUCCGGCUGCAGGUGGAGCAGCGGGAGGUAGAGCUGCCCAGCAUUGAGGGCCUCAUCUUCAUCAACAUCCCCAGCUGGGGUUCAGGAGCUGACCUCUGGGGCUCGGACAGUGACUCAAGGUUUGAGAAGCCGCGCAUGGACGAUGGGCUGCUAGAGGUGGUGGGCGUGACGGGUGUUGUGCACAUGGGUCAGGUGCAGGGGGGACUGCGCUCCGGCAUCCGCAUUGCCCAGGGCUCCUACUUCCGUGUCACCCUCCUCAAGGCCACGCCUGUGCAGGUAGAUGGUGAGCCCUGGGUCCAGGCCCCAGGACACAUGAUCAUCUCAGCUGCAGGCCCUAAGGUCCACAUGCUGAGGAAGGCCAAGCAGAAGCCCAGGAAGGCUGCAGCCAUCAGGGGGGACGCUGUGCCUACCCCCGAGGGCAACACUAAGUAGGGGCUGAGAGGCCCAGGUUGCGCUGGAGCGUCCAUCCGAUGGACUUGUUGCAGCUCUGCCCACGCUUUCUUCCUGGGGCCAGGACAUCUGCAACCCUUGUCCCCAUCCAGUUUCAUGUAAAAACUCCUGGGUGGGUGGCAGCCCCUUUCCCCAGCCCUGGACAGUGCCUGGGACAGGAGCACAGGGCUCCUGGCUGUCCUGCCCUCUGGCCUUCGGGGCAGUACAGCACUGGAAUGAACUGUUUGCUGGCCUCUGACCUCAUCUUACGACCCUCAGGCUGGCCCCUAGAUGCCCCUUUGGAGCAGAUGCCUGGCCUCCCUCCCCCAUAGGCAGGUGGUGUGUAGCCAUGGUGGCCAUGGGGUGACUUCCCCCACCUGGCUCAGGGAAGGUGUUGUCCCUAGACUCCUGCCUCAUCACUGCAUGGGAUUCUACUAGGGGAGGAAGUUGUGGGUGGUAGCCAGCCUCACCUGGGAGAGGGGACCUAUGUCCACCCUGAGGCAAGGUGGGCUUGGAUGACUACUGCGUGGCAGCUGGAGUGUGGGCUGGGCCCAAGUGUGUCCCCCCCUUGGCCCCUGGGGUGGGCAUUUAGUGCCUAGAGGGGACCAGAAGCAGGGCUUCCUGGUCUAGUCAGUGAACCUGUAAAUAACACCCACAUGUUGAGGAGCGGAUUUAAUGCCCUUAUUCGGCAAUGUAGCACUUUACAUAACGCUUUGCCAGCAACCUGGGCUCGUGUACCAGUGUGGCCACAGCUCCUAACCCACCCAGGCAGCACUGCUGGCUGAGCCCCAUGGGGAGCGCUCUGCCUGGACAGCCUGGCUGGUGUGAAUGAAGCUCUUCUCCCUGUGCCCACUCCACAUGCUGGAAGAAUCUGACCAAAAAUAAGUGGCCUAUGUAGGGUAUCUGCAGAGGUCCCCAAAGCAAGGGGCCACCAGGUCACCCUUCCCAGCACUUCUGGUGCUGGGUUUGCACUGCUGUGGGUCUCAGCCUUGGGCAUGGCCUGCAGCCUCCCCAGGAGCCUCAGUGCUGCAGCACCACAUCCCUUCCUUGCUUUUGCCAAAACUGCAGACAUGUGCCCCUACUCCUUUGGUGGUCUCAGUGUAACAGUCCUCGUGUUUACAAAAUGUCACUUAUUAUCUUCAGAACAGUACCUUAGUGGUGUAGUUAGUUCUGCUUUGACUUCAACCUGCAGGAAUUGUAUGCAAAUUAUGAUGAGAGGUCUGUCUGCUGUUUGAGAUCACCUGCAGGGCUGUGACCCUGAGCCCUAGGCCUCUCCUUCUGACUUACUGCUACUUGAAUGUGACCUAACUUAUACCUGGGACAAAUAGAGUUGGGCUUCAGUGUC